GUUUCUUACACUAACUUAAUGUUAUUUACCUAAAAUAAAUACUCUUAGCUUGAAAAUAUCUGACUUGUGCAGCAACUGUACUCGUAUGUUGUGCUAAAAAUCUGGGCACACUGACAUGAUAAAAUCUGCGUUAUUUGGGAAACUGCCGGUCGGGCUACACAUAAUAAGAAAAAUGUCCGAGGAAGCUCUAGCAGCCGUGCCACUGGUUAAUAUCAGCGAUCAGGGAAUAUUUAAGUAUAUUCAGAUCGUCGUAAUAAAUGGUGGAAAGACUUCUAAAACGGUAGUAAGAGGCUUUGACGACUGCACAUGGCACGCUGACAUCUUUGAACGAGAAGAGGCGAUUUUUGCUAAAUCAGGACUGAAGGCCGAGUGCCCCGGUGGCGGACGUAUAGAGCACAACCCUGAAAAGAAAUACCUGAAAGUCUAUGGCUACUCCCAGGGCUUCGGAAAAGCGGAUCAUGCCCAAACCAAAAAGAUCCUGGAAACCCAAUACCCAGAUUACACGAUCGAAAUCUCUGAUGACGGUUUCAACUGUUUUAAUAAAGAAUUUUGAAAAUGAAAAUUGGCCUUCUGAUCGAAUGUGCCAUGACAUUUAACAAAAAACGAAAAUAUAUAUUUAUCAUUCUGGAAUAAUCAUUCCAGUAGUGACUGUGAA